UUAUUGCGGUGGUUGCGUCUGUGAUGCAACAGGGGUUCCGCGUGCGCCAUUUCUUUAUACUUCAGCGUGUUUGAAUUUCGUGUAUUUUGAGUAUUUUGAAAGUGUAACAAGACGUUUAUUAGCAGAAGAACACAGCCAUCAGAAUGGGUGACAACGUCGACAUGUCAUUGGACGACAUCAUAAAAAAGAACCGCAGCAAAGGAGGGCGUGGUCGCGGCGGCGCGCGUGGCGGUCGCGGACGGGGCGCCGCGCGCGGAGGACGCGGUCGCGGCACGUCGACCUUCCGCGGCGUGCUGCGUAGCGCCGGCGCUGUCGGCGGCCGCGUCACGAAGCCGGUGCCGUACAGCCGGCCGAACAAGAUGCCCGACGUGUGGGAGCACGACAUGUACGACGGCGCGGACAAGCGGCGCUCGGCCGGCGUCGGGGGCCGCGUCGGCGUCGUCGGCGCCGGAGCCGGCCUCGGCAAGCUGCUCGUCUCCAACCUGGACUUUGGCGUGUCGGACAGCGACAUCCAGGAGCUGUUCGCCGAGUUCGGGCCGCUGAAGAAGGCCGCCGUGCACUACGACCGCUCGGGCCGCUCCCUCGGCACGGCCGACGUCGUCUUCGAGCGGCGGUCGGACGCGACGCGCGCGAUGAAGCAGUACCACAACGUGCCGCUCGACGGCCGCGCGAUGAACAUCCAGCUGGUGACGUCGGCGGCAGAGGUCGCCGUCGUCCAGCGGUCGCCCGCCGGCGGCGGCGGCGGCGGCGGCGGCGGUGGAUUCACGAAGAGCCGCCUCGGCACCGUCGGCGGCGGAGGAGGAGGGUUCCGCGGGACCCCCAGAGGAGGUCGAGGGCGAGGAGGAGGCGGGCGCGGUCGCGGAGGAGGCCGCGGCGGCAGAGGAGGAGGCCGACAGCCGCGCAAGAACGUCACUGCCGAGGAGUUGGAUGCUGAUCUCGAUGCGUAUGCAACGAAGAUGGAUGUAGAAUGAAUCGGUUUCUGUUUGUGUACGUGUGUGUGUGGGGGGUUAUAAAAUGAUCACGCAGGAAAAGUUAUUGGGGAUGAGUAGAUAAAAACGUGCAAGUCUUCUUUUUUUCAAACCGUGUGCAGAAAUGUGCGGGUACAUGCGUACUGUUGUAUCGUUCAAAAUGUUUUGCAAAAAGGUGUCAUUGACUAUUAUUUAUGAUUUACCAUUUGUAAUAAUUUUGGCAUGUACAUGUGUAUGUAAAGUAACAAAUGUAUCUAUGUUCAUUUUUGGUACCCAGUAACUUGCAGAGAAAAAUGAAGACGUGUAAUGUUUUAUCCUAUUAAAUGGACAUUGUGCUCAUGGCCAGUUUUCUGGGAAAGUUUGAGCAUAUUUCCAAGUACAUGGCUCUGUUUGUCAGCCUUUAAACAUUCCGUGAAACUGGUCUGUGUUGCUAUAAACAAAAGAUUACAUUGACUUGUUUGAUGUCCACUAUUUUCCUUCAUUCGCGAGAUUGUGGUUGGAGAGUUUAUCCAACUGCUGAGUGCACAUCUACAUAUGUAAUGUCAAAGUAUUCAGGUCACUGAGUUCAAUGUCAAUUUAGAAGCAAACUGUAUUGUGAUGAAACUAAUAUUUUAUAGAUGUGAAAGGUCGGUAAGAGGUUUCGAAAUGCUGUUGAAAGGGCUAGGCAGACAUUGUAUGCAAACUUUUAGCUUGCCAUGUAUUUGUGUGCAGGGAAGGCUGCGAUUAAUAUUUUAUCAAUCAUUAUUUUUAUUUUUAAAUUGAUUCAUCAUUUCUGUGGUGAUGUCAAACACGGUUAAAAUUGUGUCUUAUCAGAAAUAACGAAACUCGAGUAAUAAAUAAUAUUAAACCUUUGAAAGUGUACCUUCUCAUGUCUGUAUUAAUAAAGCCCCCAUUAAUAUUUUUUGGAUUCUGUACUCGCAGUAUCAAAGGGACUUGUGUAAUGUAAGCAUAUAAAUGACAAAAUGAAAAUAAAGAAGUCGAUGUCUAGCUGUUGUAAAACAUCAAAGUAGAAUAUUGGGGCAAUUAGAUUCUGUAAUUGUCCUAUGUGACAUUACAUCUGGUAGUAAGACAACCUGACUUCAACCAGCAUGUACACGUAGCCAUGGUUUUGCACAACUUUAUGUAAUUUUAGUGUAUAUACAUUUAUCAUGUGCUAUUCAUGUUUAAAAAAUGUACAAACAUCAGAAUUGUAAUUUUCCUAGUACUUCAUUUGUGUGCAAGACAAAGCCACGUAGAAGUUCAAUUGUGAAAAUGUUUGCGAGUUGCAAAUAUAUUUUUGCCCAUGUAAGUUGCUAGUAACAUAUAUACCAAAUGUCACUCAACUAAAUUGUAAUUUCCUCAACAAUUGUACGCACACGGGAUUCCGUGCAUUUUACCCUUGUCAUGUUUCACCUUUUGCAUUUCGUAUUAAAAAUUGUCAAAAUUGUAAUAUUA